CUCACUUCGCCUCUCUAGUCAUAUGUAGCCCGUAGCUCAUAGGAGCCCAGCGGCAGUGCAGACGCAGGCACACAACCCCUCAGCCUCAGCCAUGUGAUUGAGAUCUAUCUAGACAGCAAGUAAUGCAAAGCUUCACUUCUCCUGAGCAAGCUUCAACUCCUUUUCAUUCAAACGAAGAUUUAACGAGUCCAUUAUUUACUGAGGUGGAAGGACUUGGUAAGCAAGUAGAAGCAAAUGAAAACUCAGUUGCUAGGAAGAGAAGGAAGAGGAAAUCCAAAUAUUGGGAGGAGUUCAAGGAAAUCACUCUUGGCGAUGGAACUAGGAAAAUGCAGUGCAUCCAUUGCAAGCAAAAUUUUGCCUUAAAUAAGUAUGGUGCUACAUCAACAUUUCUAAGACACUUGAAGAUUUGUGUCAGAUGCAAGUGCAAUCUUUCAAGAGAGCAAAACCUUUCUGUUAGUACAAAAAGGGCAAAGGGUGUGGCAUCUGCUCAAAACAUUAAUUAUGAUCAUGCAAGGGAUAAGGAGGAGAUGAAGAAGAUUGUAUUGUCAAAAGAUUAGUGGGAAACUACUUUGAAGUUUGAUUGAAGAAAUGAAUGGGAC